GCGGUGUCUUUCUGUUGUAGAUAAGCGAGGUUUUGUUAGUGAUUGGUGAUCUGUGGUGGACACGGUUGGAGAAAUCGUAUUGAGAUGGGGUUCAGGUUGCUUUUAGGAGUUGCCUGGUUAUGCGCGGUGUUGCCGGCUGGCUUGGUCGCUCAGGGCUUGUCGGGUAACUUUGUGACCGAGUGCCGGGAUCGGUACUUCUGGAUGUCAACCAAUGGCAAGUUUGCCGGCGGUAACUUUCGCUUUGACGUCAUCGAUAGAAGCGGGGUUUACCCGCUGAAUGACAGCUACGCAGCGGCGUGCGGGUUUACGUAUUCCUUCAACCUUCCCGGAGACUUGAUCUUCAGAGCGUCGUUCUUGGCCUGUCACGUGGAGAGCGUGAAUGACUUCUCCUAUGCGCUCCAGUACCGCUUCGUGAGACUGGACUAUCUGGGCAGAGAGACGGUCUACCCCUUCUCCCUGUCCUGCAGGACGGAGAGCCCCUGGAACCCCCGUGAGAUCGUCUGUGAGGAUAACUACAUGGAGGUGUCUGUCAGGAAGAAUGUCCCGGUCAUCGCUCAGGAAGGACUGGAGAAGGAGGACUGGGAAGCGGCUCUCUCCAUAGCCCAGGGAGCGGUGAUUUCCGUGUGGCAGGUGGUGUUCCACAAGACCGGGAUGCCCCCCAAAACCAUGACCGCAGCGGACGCCCGUACCGCAGGAUACCUCGUCAACUCCACGUCCAGCCGCGUCAUUUUCAGGUCGCCCUACGGCAUGCCCAUGUCCGAGGUGCUGCUGGUGUCGGGGAUCCCUGUGGAAGUCGUCAGAGCCACUGUGUUCUACAAGCAGAGGUGGAUGCUGCUAUUGGUGGACACUUCAGCUGCCUGCGCUAAGAACCCCUCUGUUUUCGAUGGCACCUACCUGAGCUGGGUCACCCCGAGGCUCAUCACCCCGCUGGUCUUGCAUCCCACCAAGUUCCUGGAUAAACGGAUCACAAUGGGGGUGGAGGGGAGGGGCCUGGAUGAGGUCGCUGCUACCAGCAGGGGGUACCAGCUGCUAGUCAACCGCACUGCAGUGGAAAUCCGCAUUCCCUUCGGAGCUGUGGGGGGGUAUCGCAAGAGUCAUGUGAUUGAUAACAAGUACAACCAGAUGUAUGAGAUUGACCUUUUCCUGGAGCACCAAUGGGCCGAUGACCUGUGGGAGGUGACCCAGCACCGCUCCUUCAAGCCAGCCUGCUCCCCCUACCUCCCUGAGACCCCUUAUGUGGUCAACAACACCGUCCCGAGUGAGAAGGGCUUCACGGUGACCCUUGGUAACUUCAAGCCGGACGUCGAGCUGAAGAACUUGACCCUCAACGGGGUUCCCCUGACCCUUCCUGAGGCCCAGAACAGAGGCGUGAAGAUCAGCGAGGUCCAGCAUCCCAACGGCACCAAGGACUUCGUCCUGAAGGUCCCCUUCAACAACCUGCUGGUCUCUGCAGAGUACAUUGGGGCUCUCAUCAGGAGGUACACCUUGAACAUCAACUACACCUUGAACAUUGUCCCCCAGAAUGAGCCAUAUUUUCACCCGGCCGCUAUUGUGUGCGAUGUGAAGGAUGUUGAUCUUCCUGAUGUCAAAAGCUUUUGUACGAACCGCAGCGUGGUCUUCGAAGUGACCCCGGGCAACAUGGACUCCAGCUGGGAGCUGUGCAUUGGGAGCCGCCCUCUACCCUACACCAUCGCUGAGCCCAAGAUCACCAUCGAGUUGCCACUCUUUAGCAUUGGCUACAUCUAUGAGGACAUCUCUUUGAGGGGCCUCACCGUUCGAGUGGAGCUGAACAUGAGGAACGUCAAGACCUUGCAGGUCGAGAAGCAGUUUGUGCAACGCUGCCCAAUCCCAACCAGGGAGCUGCUGGUGUGCUUUCCUAACGGAGUGGUGACAGUGGUGGCUGUGACCAUGGAGCCCAUACCAGUAGUGGAUCCCAGCAAGACCACCCUGCUGGACAAGACCUGCAAACCCAAAGAGUUUGACUCGACCAGGGCUCUCUUCACCUUUGGGGUGAACACCUGUGGGACCAGGAGCCAGAUUGUGGGUAACUACCUGAUCUACGAGAACGAGGUGCUGUAUACCAGAGCGCUUUUCCCACCCAAUGCUCCAGUCAUCACCAGAGACUCUGAAUACAGGCUGACGAUCCGCUGUCGUUACCCCCUCAACGGCACCCUGACACUGGCUGCUGAAAGGAAUGCGGUCCCUGCUCCAGCCCCCUACUCUGUGCAGGGGCUUGGGUCCCUGCACGUCCGGUCUUAUGACCCUAUGAGCAGAGCCAAGAGUCCCAGAGAUGUUCUGAAUCUGAAGGCUCGGCUAGCCAGGGAUGUGAGCUACUCCCAGUUCUACUCUGCGUUCCCUGUGUCCCAGUCUCUGCUGGAGCCCGUGUUUCUGCAGGUUGAGCAGUCUAGCAAGGACUCUGCCUUCUGGAGACAGGUGUAUUUCCAUUGCAUGGCUGUGGUUUGUGAUCCCAACCUGGAGGAUACCUGCAAUAAGACUUGUGUGCCUGGAGCCCAGAGAUCUGCCCGUAGUGUGGAUCGAUACAGCCAGAUCAGAGGCUACAUUUCUGCUGGGCCGGUCCAAUUGGUACCAGAAGGACAAGUCUUGGACCUUCAAACAGCAGGUGACUCCCCCUUGGUUCCGGCACUGGGCGUGGCGUCCGCUCUCCUCGGAGUUCUGUUCGUCAUUCUUGUUGCUGUCGGAUUCAGGAGAUGUUAAACUUGCUGUCUACCACAAUAAAGAUUUUUGCAUCUCGA